AGAACUGCGCAGGGUUCUCAGUCGACUGGUCAACUCCAGCAACAGAAGAAUAUCCGAUAUGUGCUUCCGCACCCGUGAUUUCGUCCCGCUUUGCAUCUGAUGAUCAUAUUUCAAGCAUGUCAAAUAGCUACCCAGAGCGAGCUGCUACUUAUACCUUUGCUACCCACUCCAAUUCCACAACAUGGCGAGCGCGACCUUAGAGGCGACCGACUCGGAGCUGCUCAAGGCAAACUUCAUGUCGAAUUGUGCCUUUGCAUCCGCAGCAGUCCUCGUAUUCUAUGAACAUAUCUCUACGUUCAACCGAGAGAUUAAAUUCUUUUGGGGCAAAAGGUCAUUCUCAGCAGUCCUCUUCUUCAUCAAUCGGCUGCUGGCUCUCAUCUAUGGCGCUGUAUUGAUCGCAAUGACAACCAACAUCUACUCACAAACUAGGUUCGUUCCGAGUCCUCUAGCUCACAGAGUUCCAAAAACCCUUUACAUUUCAUGCCAUUUAGCUGUGAAGUAGUAAGUAAUGCAUUUAGCUGUCUUAUACUCGCGAUCACGACGAUGUCCGCAGGUAAGAUUAUAUGCACCACGUUUCAAUUAGAUACUGACAUCCUAUCGCAGUGGUCACGUUACAGCGAGUAUAUGCAG